CUGCUUCGCAUGUGAAGUACCUCAGGAAAUGACAGACUGUGCUGACUGGUACAAAGCGGGUUACAAAGACAGCGGAGUAUACAGCAUCUCGCUCAAUGGAACUUCGCACAAUGUUUAUUGCAGCAUGGAUAAUGGCGGUGGAUGGACAGUCUUCCAAAAUCGUGUAAACAAUAACGGAUCCUUUUGGGACAGAUCAUGGGACGACUACAAAAAUGGCUUUAACACAGAACGAAUGACUAAUGUUUCCAACUUCUGGUUAGGACUCGAGUUAUUACAUCAGCUGACAGAAAAAGACAAAGAUGUAACAUUGAGAGUUGAAAUGAUGGGAGAUCGGACUCCAGGAUCUUCCAAAGCAUUGUCGUCUUGGUCCAAUGAGUACACGAGAUUCAAGGUAGCAGGAAAAUCGUCCAAGUUUCAACUGACAGACUUGUAUCUGGACAACCAGGGGAAGGGCACAAGUAUAUGGAACUCUCUGAUAUAUUCUGUUGGCGCAAAUUUCUCUGCAGUGGAUCAUAUCAAUGAUCCUCAGUCGAAUUGUGUGUGGCAAUAUAAAAUGGGGAAUUCAAACGCAUACAGUCUGUCAACGUGUGCUCCCUUGCUGAUCACCUUAAGCGUAGCGGUAGAACUCUGUGCCGCAUUCGCGGAUGUAUCGCUUGAGCGUUCAAUCGUAGAUCGUGUCGACGCGCUGCCUGUCGUAGACGACACCGAAAAGGGAGCACGUUAUUGA